AUGAAUAAAAAUAAAGAAAAUCAUAAUGCCAACACGAACACAGACAAAAUUACGCUGAGUCAAGUCAGUGUUGCCGUAAAUCAGGCUCUAGCACCGCAGCCCGUCCCUGAACCAGCAUCGGACAAUGUAGUAGCAACAGCCCAUCAAUUAUUUUCGGAUGACAAAAAUAGAAAAGAUGAAGAAUGGAUUGAGAUGAGUAGACAUUUGGAUUUUGGUGUGCAACCAGCAAUGAACGAGAUCUAUAAUAGAUGCUUGGUCAUGAUAGAAAAUACUGUGCUAUCCCUUGGUGGUAAAAACUUACAAGAAUAUGGUUUGCCACGGCCAAAUAGAUCUGGAGACGUUGUACAAAAUCGUGAGUACAUGGCAGAGACUAAUUACAACCUAGAUAAGCUGCGAGAAACUGUUUCUAUCGACGAAGCUUCAUUAACGGACGAGCAACAUGCUCCAGGUGGAACCGGCAGAACUUUUCUCAUCAACUGUCUUUUGGCAAAAGUAAGAUUGGAAGGAAUCGCUGUGGCAGCUGCAUCUUCAGGCAUUGCGGCAACACUGUUAGAAGGAGGGAAAACGGCGUAUGCAGCCUUUAAAUUACCUCUCAAUCUCAAUCAUGUAGAGACCCCUAUGUGUUACAUCUCGAAACAAAGUAAUAUGGCUAAAGUUCUACAAGAAUGCAAGCUCAUUGUUUGGGAUAAGAGUCCAAUGUCGCAUAAAAGUGGUUUUGAAGCUCUCAAUAACUCACUUAAGGACCUUCGAAAUUCAAGUGAUUUGAUGGGAGGAGUAACGGCGCUUUUGGCUGGUGAUUUUCGUCAAACUUUGCCUGUUGUACCCAGAGGAACGCGAGCAAAUGAGGUCAAAGCAUGUAUCAAAGCAUCUUAUCUUUGGCCUAAAACAACUAAACUCUCCCUUACUAAAAACAUGCGAGUACACCUAAAAGGCGAUAUUUCCGCAGACAUUUUUUCGGAAAUACUGUUGAAAAUUGGAGAUGGAAACUGCAUUGAAUCAGAAGGCAAGAUUACUAUACCUACAGGUUUAGAUUUCAAAUCUGUUGAUUCAGUGCUACAAGAUGAUAAUGCUGUUCAUCAUCCAUCAGAGUUUCUCAACACCCUUAAUCCUCCAGGUUUUCCAGCACAUCAACUUAUUUUGAAAAUUGGAACACCGAUAAUGUUAUUACGGAAUCUAAAUCCUCCUAAGUUGUGUAAUGUUGUGCAAUGUGCAUCCAUUUUGCGCAAUAUUUAA